AAUUGUUUAGUAAAAAUCCUUAUAUGUGAUCUCUGCGUAGGUACAGUUAUGUUUUAUGUUUGUUGUAUCAUGUAAACUUACUUGUUUUCAUUGUUCCGACAUGCAACGUUACUAUUUAUAACCACUGAUAACUAAUUUUUGUCAACUAAGUAUCUGAAUAAUUUCAUGAAUAUUGGCACUUACCAUACGUAUUUGUGCACUAGACCAUCGAAUUGUAGACGUUCAAAAACUUACUUCAUUACUUGUAAAGUGAAUUUGAUUUAAAACAUUUAACGGACUAUGCGCUUCGACGACUUCAUUAAUAAUAAGUAUUAUGUUAUGUCGACAGUGAUUCAUUAUCGUGUUUAAAAUUAUUAUCGAAUGUUGAUUGAUUGAUCAGUUAAUCCCAGAACUUUUAUGACGUCAAUUGAUAUCAUCUACGUUGGCUUGAAAGUUUUCUUUCUUAUUUCAAACGAAUAUAACUGUGCAUACAAGAUUGCAUGCCUAUAAAUCGCUGUUGUGGACGACUUCAAACAUGACUAGUAUUGCAGCGAAGACAUCGGCGAUGUUCAAUAACGGCGUGACCAGCGUCGAAGUUGUGGACAGUGAUAACGAGGAUGGUGGUGUUGGAAGGGGUGGCAUUAAAAUGUUAUGGGUUCCGACAAUAGAUAAAUUUCGACAAUUUUUCAAAUCGACUCCGAGUACUAUGUCGAGUAAUAAUAAACGCCAUUGGCGUAAGCGUCAUAACAAGACGGACACUGAGAACGAUCAGUACUAUGACCAGGACGACGAUCAAGACGAUUAUAGUGACAAACAGGAGCUACACCAACAGGUUGAUAAUAGAAGUGGCAAUAAAAGUCAUGAUAUAGAAGACGACGACGAUGAAGAUGAAGAGGAUCUAGAUGAAGAUAGACAAGUGCGAAAGAAAAUGCUCAGAAAACAAAACAAGAAAGAGGUAGAAGUAAAAAAAAAAAAAAAUACUGAAAUACGGUUGUUACUGGCUAAAACAUCAGACGAUGCUAAAAAGAACCCAAAAAUAAUUUCGGAGUCUACCGCUGUAGUAUCAAUAGUGGACGAAGUAGAUUGUAAAGAAAAUCGAAACACUAAUAUCAAUGACCCUGAAAGGGAAACUUGGGAAAGAAAUGCAGAUUUCUUACUAUCUAUUAUUGGAUUUGCAGUAGAUUUGGCGAAUAUUUGGCGAUUUCCGUAUCUUUGUUACAGAAAUGGAGGAGGAGCAUUUUUAAUACCGUACUUUUUAAUGUUGAUAUUCGGCGCGGUCCCCUUAUUUUACAUGGAACUCAUAUUAGGCCAAUAUAAUAGACAGGGACCAAUAAGUGUGUGGAAGAAUGUAUGCCCUCUUUUUAAAGGAGUUGGAUUUUGUGCUGUACUGGUAGCGUUUUAUGUAUCGUUUUACUAUAACGUUAUUAUCGGUUGGUCGCUGUACUUUUUGGCAAUGAGUACAACCAGUAGCUCGGGACAGUUGCCGUGGGUACACUGUAACAAUACUUGGAACACAGACACUUGCGUUGAACAAAAAGAUGAUUGGGAAUCGGCUUUUAACCAGUCAUAUCAUGUUCACAAUUAUUUGCCCAGGACGCACGCAAACGGGACUUUACUGUCAAUGUCCGAUGGUAUUUCGGCUACAGGCAGUAAUUUCAACAACCAAAGUUCACCGGCGGCUGAAUAUUUCCACCGUGGCGUGCUCGGCAUGCAAAUGAGCGACGGUCUCAACGAACUGGGUUAUCCAAAAUGGCAACUGGCAUUGUGCGUGUUCAUCGUGUACGUUAUGCUGUACUUGAGCUUGUUCAAAGGUGUCAAGUCAUCCGGAAUCGUCGUUUGGGGCACGGCUACGUUACCGUAUUUAGUAUUGACAAUCUUGUUGAUUAGAGGUCUCAUGUUACCUGGCUCGCUAACCGGCAUAACCUAUUAUUUACAGCCCGAACUGUACCGCCUUUUAGAUACACAAGUGUGGGUGGACGCAGCCGUUCAGAUAUUUUAUUCGGUAGGAGCCGGGUUCGGGGUUCACUUGUCAUACGCAUCAUACAACAAUAUAAAAAACAAUUGUUACACCGACUGCUUGAUCACGACGGCCGUCAACUGCUUCACCAGUUUCUUUUCCGGUUUUGUUAUAUUCACUUAUUUGGGUUUCAUGUCGCACAAACAACAUAAGCCCAUAAGUUCAGUAGCCACCGAGGGUCCUGGUCUGGUGUUUCAAGUUUAUCCCGAAGCUGUAGCAACGUUGCCCGGUUCGAAUAUCUGGGCCAUGUUGUUUUUUUUCAUGUCCAUCACGCUGGGAAUCGAUUCGGCGAUGGGUGGAUUAGAAUGCGUCAUUACUGGACUGAUGGACGAAUUUAGUGGCUUCUUUAAGAACCGUAAAUGGCCCCGCGAACGUUUCACGUUUGCAGUCAUAGGUAUAUCGUUUUGCGUGGCUCUGAUAAAUGUGACACCGGGUGGCAUUUAUAUGCUUCAUUUGUUGGACACGUAUGCUGCUGGUAUAUCUCUGCUGUGUUCGGCGUUAUUCGAAUGCAUAGCCGUAUCGUGGUUUUAUGGUUUGGAGAAAUUUUGUGACGACGUGGAGAGCAUGAUCGGCCACCGUCCCGGUUUAUAUUGGCGAUUAUGUUGGAAAUUCGUCAGCCCAAUGUUCAUUAUAGGUGUAGUGACUUUUGCUUUGAUUGAUCACCAACCGUUAAGCUAUAAUGGUUACAUGUAUCCAGAAUGGGCUGAAUGGCUGGGAUGGACCCUAGCUUUUUCGUCGAUACUCAUGAUACCUGGUAUGGCAAUAGUGCAAAUGUGCAGAGCAAGCGGUUCGUUCAAAAAGAGAUUGGCUUAUAACAUCACGCCGUUGAAUGAGCUCGAAUCGACGGAAAAGAAUAAUGGCGAAUGCACUAGAUUUCGUCUUAAACACUGGCUCUAUGUAUAGUAUAACUCAUCAUUUAAAUGUAUUGCGGUUUUUUUUUUUUAUACAUAAAUGAUAUUUAUAUCGCUUUGUGUUCCAUUAAUUAAUAAUACAUUUUUGCUAUUGGCCAAUAUAUAUAUAUUAUAUAUACAUAAAAAAAAAAACAGAACAAAUUAUACAAUAGUUAGGUAAGUACGAUAAUGUACAAUAAACACUGUAUAAUAAUACAUUUUAACAGAAUCGUAAAUUAUGCACACGCACCACAUACAUAACUUAUUUUAUGAAUCUCAUAUUAUAAUUAGAUGGAACAUAUAAGUGUAAACCUAAUAAACGUUAUAGUAUACGUUAUAAACAUCGUUAAUUGGUAGACUAAUUUAAUACGAAAAAUCACUUUUGGCACUAAGUACACUGCACUUAGUAAGUAGUGUUUAAUAUUUAUAUCACAUGUACAAUUUAGCAUUUGCAACAAUAUUAUUACGUAUCUAUUAUUAUAUUAUGUGUAUACAUUUUUGUCAGUGAGUUCAAUAAUGUUUUAAAUGUUGUUUUAAAGUUAAGUAACGGAUAUUCUAUUAUACAUGUAUGAGACAGAAUCUUACAACAUUAUUGGGCGCUCUGUAUAUUAUACAUUGUUAUGCAAAACUGCCAAGUUUGAAGUUGUAUAAAACGUCUUACUUAACUUGAUAUGUACUACAUAAAUGUUUAAAUUUAUCAAUAAUCUUUAUAUUAUCAAUAUAUUAUAUAUAAGUACUCAACUCAGCAAAUUAUUUUUUUAUACACUCAACAGAUAUAUUACCAAUCGAUAUUAUAACUAUUAUUGUAUACGUGUUUAUUAUAUGAUAUUAUAAUAUUGUAAUAUUUAUGUAGUGUAUAGUUGUUAAAACGAUACGAUAUUGUCAUUAGCGAUGAAUGCCACACACAGAUACCCUAAACACGCGAACACACAAACACAUAUUAUACAUAUGCACAUUGCACACGCUUAUAAGGAAAUGUAUAAAUCAAUAAUCGUGUCAAAUUAACAGUACAAUUAUUAUAUUUGUUACACUGUUACUACCUACCUUUAAUUAAAAAUAAAUAGAAGUAGCUAUUUUAUUAAUCACUUUUAUGUUUGUUAUACCUAUUACAUAAUAUUUAGGUAAGUUUAAAAUAUUCCAUAUCUCGGUUAUUAUUAUCUGUUAAUAAUUGACUUAAGUGAUCGAGUAAAACAUGAUGUAAAAUUAUCUAAGUAACGUAAUAUUUAUAACAAAAUACCAUAUUUAAUAUUAUAUACUAUAUAAAUACAUAUUAUGCCAUUAUGGAAUUAUAUGUAUACCUACAAUUUAUUUAUUUUUCACAAAAAUGUUAAUUUAAAGUUUAUUUAAAAUUGUAACAGUUCACGCGCAGUCUAUAAAUCUUUAUGAUGUCAAAAAACCCUAAUUUUUAUUAUCGAACUAACUUUUUUAACCUUGUCAAAAUUAUUCGUUAUUUAAUAAAGUAUUAGAAAACAAAUUAAAUUAAAUAAGAGUAAUUAUUGGGAUAAUUACAUCUCUGUAGUACGUAUAUAUAUACCUAAUAGAAUAUCUUAUACAAUGUUUGUUGUUUAUCGCAUAAAGUUGUGUCAAAAAAAAAUUAAAUUAGUUACGUAAAAAUAAUAACUUUAUAUUAUAAACCAACCGUUUGUUACAUUUAAUACCUAUAUAUGUAUAAUUUACUAUUUAACAGUUACCUAUUUAUGUAUUUACUAUUUGAUAUAAUAAUUUAUAAGAACUUAUAAUUUAAUGUUAACAUAAUACAAUUUAAUAUUAUAUUACAUAUUAUAAUAUAAAUGUAUAACAAAUUAGAUAUUAGAUACAAAAAGACUUUGUCAAAUGGAAUUCCUUACGUUAUUUACUUAAACCAAUUAAGAAAUACUGUUUGACAAUUUAUCACAGUAUACUAGACUCAAAUUAUCAAAUUAAAUAUGUUGUUGUAAGAAUCCUCAGGUUAGGUUGCUAAAUGGAAAAACAAUUAAUUAAUCUUACGCAGUUAAUUUAUCUGUAGAUUUUAGUAUUCUUUUAGAUGCCAUUAUCAUUAUAUACUAUAUUAUAAUUUAUAAUUUAUAUGUAUCACAAUUUAUUCGUAUCUUUAUACCCUUAAAAUUUACGUUAUUAUUAAAAUAUAAAAUAAACAUUAUUAAACAUCGGAA